AUGAGUUCUCUCGAGUCAUUACACUUAUAUUGACAAGUGCAUGAAUUUUGGUUUUUCGGUUAACCGAACAAACCGAACUGAUAUAUUAUGAUUAAUAUGGUUCGGUUUUUAAAUUUUAAAUGAUUAUUUCAAUUUCUAUUUCUUCGAAACCAAAAUUACAUAGAACUGAAUAAACCGAACCGUAUUAAUCAUAUAAACCGAACGCCCAGCCCUACUUAAAAGACAAUAGUCCAAACAAAUCUGGUCCUUUUCUCCAGAAAAGGAAUAAAACCCAAUCCAGUUGUCCCUUGCUGUACGGGCUGCAUUUCCAUUACCAGCAUACAAGCUUGCGCUUAAUCUGGGGACGGACUGGAAGGAUCCUUCACUCAAUCAAAGCCACCUCUUCGCCAAGCUCUCCGCGGCAUCAAUACAUUCCACGUCGCUCUCCAGGAACAAUAAUUGGGACUCGAGAGGAACCCGUAGCCAGACGGGGAGGCGCAGGAAUCGCGAAUCGAUGGGCAGCGUCGAGAGGUCGGAGGUGGCGCUAUCCAGCCUUCCGCCGCCGCAGCCACCGCCGCCGCCGGUGGCGGCGCCCGCAGGAGCAGGCUCUGCGGACGCAGGGCAAGAGGUGAGCUCCCCCAACCUCCUCUCCACCUCAUCCUGCAUCUUGUCGUUGUCGUAGCGGUGGCGCGUCGAUUUGGCUGCCCCGCCAUCGCGCGGCGCACGCAAGCGGAGAUUCGAUUCUGCGUGCGAGAGCAGGGAAUUUUUUCUCGAGCGGAGGAACCUUGGAGCAGACGUGGAGCCCACUGCAAUCGGCCACGACGGCCCAUUCAGCUCCAGCCCUGAACAGCUCCAGCCCCUGGUGGGUUGCAAUUGGCAAGCCCACUGAAAUCCUAUCCAGCCUUGUAGAGCUGUAGUAUACGUGUUAACGUGUAUAGGCGGAGCUAGCGACGUGGCGGUACGUUCGGCGACAGAUGUUACCGAAUGCCGAUGAGCCGGACAGGGACAGCGCUCGCCGCCGUCUGCGUAGGCGAGCGGCAAAAUGUCCAACUCCACCGAAGCUGCACAGUGCACAGCAAUCAGUUCAGAUAUCGUAGCUCCAUCACAGCAUUUGAAUUGAUACGGCGUCCAUCCUUCUUUCUCUUUUGCGAAUGAGCAUUUGAUUUGAUACUGCAUCUGCAUUUGCUAUCCUAAGCCCGCCCAGAACGGCGGACCGGCGACCGGCGCCGCACCGGCGAUGGGCGAGGAAGGCACGGAGUACCGGGGCCUCCCUGGCGGCGCGCCAGCGCCAUCGCCGGCGUCGCUCUCGAUCGUCCCGCUCAUCUUCAUCAUCUUCUACGAGGUCUCCGGCGGGCCGUUCGGUAUCGAGGACAGCGUGGGCGCGGCGGGGCCGCUCCUCGCCAUCGCGGGCUUCCUUGCCCUCCCCGUCAUCUGGAGCGUCCCGGAGGCCCUCAUCACGGCGGAGCUGGGCACCAUGUUCCCGGAGAACAGCGGCUACGUCGUGUGGGUGGCCUCGGCGCUCGGCCCCUACUGGGGGUUCCAGCAGGGCUGGAUGAAGUGGCUCAGCGGCGUCAUCGACAACGCUCUCUACCCCGUCCUCUUCCUGGACUACCUCAAGUCCGGCGUCCCGGCGCUGGGCGGAGGCGCGCCGAGGACUGUCGCCGUCCUUGGGUUGACCGCGCUGCUCACGCUCCUCAACUACCGCGGGCUCACCGUCGUUGGGUGGGCUGCCAUCUGCCUCGGGGUCUUCUCCCUCCUGCCUUUCCUGGUCAUGGGCUUCAUCUCCAUCCCCAAGCUCCGGCCGGCGAGGUGGCUCGAGGUCGAUCUCCACAACGUCGACUGGAACCUGUACCUGAACACUCUGUUCUGGAACCUCAACUACUGGGACUCGAUCAGCACGUUAUCCGGCGAGAUCAAGAACACUGCAAAGACUCUGCCCAAGGCGCUGUUCUACGCGGUCAUCUUCGUGGUCGUCGGUUACCUGUACCCUCUCCUCGCCGGGACCGGCGCGGUGCCUCUGGACAGGGGGCAGUGGACCGACGGCUACUUCGCGGACAUCGCGAAGCUGCUCGGCGGCGCGUGGCUGAUGUGGUGGAUGCAGGCGGCGGCGGCGAUGUCGAACAUGGGCAUGUUCGUGGCGGAGAUGAGCAGCGACUCAUACCAGCUCCUGGGCAUGGCGGAGCGGGGCAUGCUGCCGGCCUUCUUCGCGACCCGGUCGCGGUACGGAACCCCGCUGGUCGGCAUCCUCUUCUCGGCCUCCGGCGUGCUGCUGCUGUCGACGAUGAGCUUCCAGGAAAUCGUGGCGGCCGAGAACUUCCUCUACUGCUUCGGCAUGCUCCUCGAGUUCCUCUCGUUCGUCCUGCUGCGGGUGAGGCGGCCCGACGCCCCGCGGCCGUACAGGGUGCCGCUGGGCACAGCCGGAUGCGUGGUCAUGCUGGUGCCCGCGACGGCGCUGAUCGUGGCGGUGCUCGCGCUGUCGACGCUGAAGGUGGCGCUGGUGAGCCUCGGUGCCCUGGCUAUCGGGCUCGUGCUGCAGCCUCUGCUGAAGUUCGUGGAGAAGAAGCAGUGGCUCAGGUUCUCCGUCAACUCGGACCUCCCCGGCAUUGACGUCAACCACCAGCCUGCCGCUCCCGACGACCCGUUGCUCGUGUAGGGGCGAAAAAUCGGCUAAACUUUUGCCUCGGGAGCAGGUGCAUUCUCGCGUCAGUUUGCGCUUGUUGAGUUUUGACUGGCGAUGUACAAAUUUCGAGAUCGAGUAAACCAAAUAGUCUCAAGUAAAGUUAAAAAAAGAAAAAGAAAAAUAGUCGCAAGUUGAUGGUUA